AUGGCGGACACCGGUGCCUUCUCUCUUCGUUUCCGGAAACUGAAGACAAACCCUCUUCUGCAGAGAAAGCAGUUCGGCGUGGACAUUCUCCACCCGAGCCGCGGCUCUGUGUCGAAGAAGGAGUUGGUCGAGAAAAUCGCCAAGCAGUUCCGCGUUUCCGACCCUCAGAGCAUUGUCGUUUUCGGUCUGAAAACUGCCUUCGGUGGCGGUCGUUCCUCUGGAUUUGCGAUGAUUUAUGACAACCCCAACGCGGCAAAGAAGUUCGAGAACCGGUUCCGCCUGGUGCGACUGGGAUAUGUCGAGGCGAAGGCAUCCAAGGGUCGUCGCGCAUACAAGGAAUUGAAGAACAGAAAGAAGAAGGUGCGCGGCAAGGAGAAGGCGAAGUGCUCUGGCGGCGCCAAAAAAUAA